AUGAACGAGAAUUUGCGUAUAACAAAUUUAAAAAGACGUUUUCAUAAAAUUUGUAGAACUUGUUUGAUAAAGCAGGAUAACUUACAGGAAAUUUUUCGUAUUGUUGAUUUAUUAAAAGAGUGUACUUCAAUACACAUCGAUAUGAAAGACGAUUUACCAAAAUUAAUUUGCCUAGAAUGUUCUGAUAAAUUAACUAAUGCUUUUCAAUUUAGAAAACAAUGUGAAUUAUCUGAAAAAACAUUAUUGCAACUUAUGGAAUUUGAGAACGAAAUACCUGUUAAAUUCGAACCAAACUCGGAAUUAGAUAAAACUGAAAAUUUAGAAACAAACGAAAUCGAUAUUAAAUCCGAGGGUUCUUUUAAUUUAAAUGAAGAACCUUCGAAUAUUUGUGAUGAAAAUUAUACAUUUAAAAUUAACGAUGUAUUGGAAAAAGUUAAACCUUUAAAUAUUGUAUGUGAGACUAUUGAAACCACUACUGGUAAUAAAAUUAUUUUCGAUAAUUCUAAGAAACAAAAUAUUAGUUUGGAAAAUUGGAAUUGUAUUUCUUACUGCGACAUCGACGACCAACCUUUAAUCCAAAGAUUAAACAAUGAAAGUCGUCAUUUGAUUUCAGACAAUGAUUGUAAUUCUUCACAUCAAAGUAAAGAUGCAAUUGUGGAUUUAAGACAAAAUAAACACAAAAGAAAAUCUAGUCCCAGGCAAAAAAGAAAAUUAAAAAAAGUAGAGGAUACAAAUAAAAAUGGGUUACCUUGCCCUAAAUGUAAAAAAUCUUUUGACUUAGAUACAGAUCUUGAAAUUCAUAUGUUUAAACAUAAAAAAUUUGAUGAGUUUAUUUGUCCUAAAUGUUCAAAAUAUUUUGAAAACGAACAUAAUUUAAAACAACAUUUCAAUACACACAUGAUAAACAAACCAUAUAAAUGCACUAUGUGUGACAAAAGUUUUGCUGGAUCUGGUGAUCGAAAUCGUCAUUUGCGAAUCCAUACAGGUGAAAAACCCUACAUAUGCUCAUCAUGUGGAAAACGAUAUCCAGACUCCAGUGGAUUGUCGGCACAUAUGAAAUAUCAUGUUGGUGUUAAAAGCUUUGUAUGCACAAUUUGUUCUAAAUCGUUUAUAUUUCCAUCUGAACUUCGAAGCCACAUGCGUGUACAUACUGGUGAAAAACCUUAUUUAUGUACUGAAUGUGGAGAAAGUUUUAGUCAAUCCUACAGCUUGACCAAGCAUAAAAGGAAACAUACGGGAGAACGUCCUUACGCAUGUACUGAAUGCCACAGAACUUUUCGGCUAAAGGAACAGCUCAAAUUUCAUACGCGAACACAUACUGGCUACAAACCUCACAUAUGUAAAGUUUGUGAAAUGGGCUUUGCAAGACCAGAAUCUCUUGUUAUUCAUAAUCGAUCACAUACUGGCGAAAGACCGUUUUGCUGUAAUAUUUGUGAAAAAAGUUUUGUGUCAAGUAAAAAUUUAUCACAACAUAAGCGGACCCAUAAUAAGGAAAGAAAAGAAAAGUUAUUAUUACCUCAAUAUAUUCGGGACACGUGGGAGUUGUAA